UGCGGAACGAGGCGGCACCGGACGGAGCGGGCGCGGAACCGGGGGGGCCCGGCGGGGCCGCGGCCAUGGCCGAGCCCGGAGAAGCGCUGGGGCCGCUGAAAACCGAACCGCAGCCCCCGGAAAAGCGGCGGAGGACGAUCGAAGACUUCAAUAAGUUCUGCAGCUUCGUGCUGGCCUACGCCGGGUACAUCCCGGCGGCCGCCGAGGACCCCCCCUGGCCCUCGUCGGGCCCCAGCUCGCCGCGCCCGGCCGGGGGGGACGCGUGGGGCUCGGCGCCGGCCGCGCUGCGAACCAUCGAGACCUUCGUGCGCAAAGCCAAAUCCUCCAAGAAGCGCGCCCUGGCGCCGCCGGAAUCCGCCAUCCUGGACAAAAUGCGCCUCAAGGACUCCCUGUUCGACCUCCCCGCGCCCCAAAACACCCCGGGGCCGCCCCCCCAGAAACGCCGCGAGCGCCGGAGCCGCCGGGGGGAGCCGGGGCUGGGCGGCGGCUCCCGCGGCGGCCGCGAGAACUCGCGGAUCCGUGUGAAGAAGAGCAAGAAGCGGCGCUGGAAAAAGGGGGACAGGGGCGUGCUGGGCAGGGGCUCCCCCAGCGAGGAGACGGAUUCCGAGGAGGAGCCGCCCUCCCCUCCCCCGCCGCCGCCCCCGCCCCCUCCCCUGCCCCCCGAGGGGGGGAAAUUGGGGGUGCUGGGGGGGCCCGGGGGGGUUCUGGGGGUGGGCAAGGAAGGGGGGAGCACGGAGACCAGCAGGGACGGCGACGGCAGCGACAGCGACGCGCGGGUCAUGGACGAGGACAUCAUGGUGGAGUCGGGUGACGACUCGUGGGAUUUGAUCACCUGCUACUGCCAAAAGCCCUUCGCCGGCCGGCCCAUGAUCGAGUGCAGCCAGUGCGGCACCUGGAUCCACCUGUCCUGCGCCAAGGUGAAGAAAAACAACGUCCCCGACGUCUUCUAUUGCCAAAAAUGCCGUGAGGGACCCCGCAGGGCCACCCCCGCCACCCCCCGGGCCACCGGCGACUCCUAAACCCCUCCAAAAAAGGGCUUUUGGGGGUCCCCGGCCUCGCUUCUGGCAGGGUUUGUGCUCAAAAUCGGAAAUUUUGGGGUCGCGACCUUCCCUGGAAUUGUGGGGUUUUGGGGGGGGUUUGGAGGUUCCU